AUGGCUAUGUAUUACUACGCGAGCAAGCUAAACGAGGCGUCAUGUAGCGGGUGUAAUGUGAAGGUGCCAUCGGCGCCGUCAGAGGCUGCGCCUGCGCCACCAGCGGAACAUUCCCAAUUGCUGAAGACAGACUCAACUUUACUCGGCACUGGACUGUCGUACUACGAUAAUGAUGACUACUACUCCAUGGUAAGAGGAAACAAAUUUAUGUCGGAGAGUGGAGUGAAGCAUCUAAUGAUGAACGGCGGUCUUAACUUUGUCGCCACACAAAAAACUGAUCAACCCCAGCUUUCCAACCCUCCAGCUAAAAGCCUAUCCCUACCCUACGUGAAUACAGAAAAACCGGACCUAGAGUACAAAGAUGGCCAGAUUGUCAGUGGUACAAUAGACUCUCUGGCUGACCUUCUACGGCCAGGGGCCAGCAAAUCAUUUAUUUUCACAUUCUUGCUCUGUUCGAGGCUUUUCAUCAAGCCACAUGAGCUUUUAGCCAAAUUAUGCAAGAGAUAUUUUCGAAAUUACGAUAAAGUGGGAAAGUCAGAAAUGAAGGAUUCAGCAGAAAAAGAAGUCCAAGAGAUGGUGUCAUUGGUCCGUGUUCUUGAUAAUUGGACCAGCAUGUUCCCGUACGACUUCCGAGAUGACCGUGUUAUGGCCCUCGUGAAGAGUAUCACGCAGAGAUGCUCAGCAGAGCAUAUGAGCUCGGUGCGUGCAGAGAUGUCGAGUGUUUUGGAACGUUUGCUUGACAAACUAACAGCGUUAGAACAUUAUGAAGAGACAUUGACCGAUGUGCCGCAGGUUUUGAAUGCGGAUACCUUACUGCAGGGAGACGUUUUAACUCUCGGCCUAACACCAGUGGAACUGGCCAAUCAGCUAACGAUGCUAGAAUUGCAUCGGCUGUCUUUUAUCGGCCCCGAAGAGUUUGUUCAGACUUUUGUACCGAAUCAACCCUCAACAUCAGGAAAAACAAUUACUCUUCAACACGUGGAAACGAAAAGUACCAAGAAUUUGGAGGCCUACGCCGAUUGGUUCAAUAGAUUGAGCUUUUUGGUCGCUUCUGAUAUUGUCAAGCCAGUGAAGAGCAAAUACAGAGCGCGUGUGAUUGAGCAAUGGGUGAUGACUGCAAGGGAAUGCUUCAAUUUGGGCAAUUUCAACUCGCUUAUGGCCAUCAUCAGCGCACUCAACAUGAUUCCUGUCACCAGGCUUAGGAAAACUUGGAGCCGCACUUCGGGGGUCUGCGUGCAGCAGUUGCGACAACUCGAGCUCUGCGUUGAACCAAGUGGGAAUCACGCGAGGUACAGAGCAGCUCUAGCAGCGGCGCCUACAGAGACAGCUGUUCCACUACUCUCAGUCACUUGCAGAGACCUGCAUUUCGUAAAUCAAGCUUCACCCAACAAACUCUCGGGUAAUCGUAUAAACUUCUCAAAAUGUACGCUCUUGGCGCGUCAUGUGUGCUCUCAGCUGGCAGCGAGACGUCUUUGCGCUGAAGGAACGGUUGUCAUGGCAACCCCGCCAGCACUCAACCCCGCUGCUCGUGCAUUUUUCACUGAGAGGAGCACGCUUACAGAAAGGGGACUGGAACUGACAUCAUUCGACCGCGAGCAUCCCACGGACCAGCUGGAGAAGGAGCGUUUUAAGCGUUUACGCGGCGGAUCCUAA